AUGUUUCCAGCUCUUCUCUCUUACCUGAACGAGCACACAAGCUGGUCGUACUACGAGUUUCUGACUCUUUACCGUGAUGUCAUUGUAUUGUCACCUCCCUUUUCGGAUGAGUGGAAUGGACUUGACGGCUCCUGGACACGCAGGUUCCUAAAAAAAGCGGAAGACCUCAAACCAGAAGAAUUUGAGGAUUUAAAGGUGGAUCUUGAACGUUCGGGCAAAGGGUUACAGGCCUAUUGGGAGGGAGUAAUCUAUAAACGGAAGAAG